CGCUGGCUGGGCUCAGCCGCGGCACCAGCUGCCGCACCGUGAUACGGGCUGCCCGCCUGGAAGCCGUGCUGGAUUGGGGUGAUUUGCGUAGCCAAGAGCCACCACCCCUGACCAUGUAGAUCUGGGGGACAGCAUGGGCCCCGCUGAAUGGAGACUUCUGGGUCUGCAGUCCUGAGCCCCUCCGGCCCCUGGACCUCACCCUGCACCUGGAGACACCCCUUGGAGCUCAGCACCACUGCUACCAGCCCACCUCGGCCACCCCUACACCCAGGACCCAGACUUGGCGGCCAGGAGCCGCCAUCAUCCAGUGAGGUUGAGCUAAGAAUAGCCACUAGAGCUGUCUCCCAGCUGCCUCGUGACCAGCACUGACCCUUGGGCUCACCCCAAGCGGGGACUGUGGCAAUCAUGGGUGACAUGACCAACAGCGACUUUUACUCCAAAAACCAAAGAAACGAGUCGAGCCAUGGGGGCGAGUUUGGAUGCACAAUGGAGGAGCUCCGCUCUCUCAUGGAGCUGCGGGGCACCGAGGCUGUGGUCAAGAUCAAGGAGACCUAUGAGGACACUGAAGCCAUCUGUCGGCGCCUCAAGACGUCGCCUGUCGAAGGUUUGCCUGGUACCGCUCCAGACCUGGAAAAGAGAAAGCAGAUUUUCGGGCAAAACUUCAUACCUCCAAAGAAGCCAAAAACCUUCCUGCAGCUCGUUUGGGAAGCCCUGCAAGAUGUGACCUUGAUCAUCCUGGAAAUCGCAGCCAUCAUUUCCCUGGGACUCUCCUUCUACCACCCACCCGGCGAGAGCAACGAAGGAUGCGCGACAGCCCAGGCGGGGGCAGAGGAUGAAGGGGAGGCCGAGGCAGGCUGGAUCGAGGGGGCCGCCAUUCUCCUCUCGGUCAUCUGUGUGGUCCUCGUCACAGCCUUUAAUGACUGGAGCAAAGAGAAACAGUUCCGGGGCCUGCAAAGUCGCAUUGAGCAGGAGCAGAAGUUUACUGUGAUCCGGGCCAACCAGGUGGUCCAGAUCCCUGUGGCUGAGAUCGUGGUUGGGGACAUCGCCCAGAUCAAAUACGGUGACCUUCUCCCUGCUGACGGCCUCUUCAUCCAGGGAAAUGACCUCAAGAUUGAUGAAAGCUCCCUGACUGGGGAGUCUGACCAGGUGCGCAAGUCUGUGGACAAGGACCCCAUGCUGCUGUCAGGUACCCAUGUGAUGGAGGGAUCAGGAAGGAUGGUGGUGACCGCUGUGGGUGUGAACUCUCAGACUGGCAUCAUCUUUACCCUUCUGGGGGCUGGUGGCGAAGAGGAAGAGAAGAAAGACAAGAAAGCCAAACAGCAGGAUGGGGCGGCCGCUAUGGAGAUGCAGCCCCUCAAGAGUGCCGAGGGUGGAGACGCAGACGACAAGAAGAAAGCCAACAUGCACAAAAAGGAGAAGUCUGUUCUGCAGGGCAAGCUCACCAAGCUGGCAGUGCAGAUUGGCAAGGCAGGCCUGGUGAUGUCCGCCAUCACGGUCAUCAUCCUGGUGCUCUACUUCACCGUGGACACCUUCGUUGUCAACAAGAAGCCAUGGCUGCCCGAGUGCACUCCCGUCUAUGUGCAGUACUUCGUCAAGUUCUUCAUCAUCGGUGUGACCGUGCUGGUGGUCGCAGUGCCCGAGGGGCUCCCGCUGGCUGUCACCAUCUCAUUGGCCUACUCAGUGAAGAAAAUGAUGAAGGACAACAACUUGGUGCGCCACCUGGACGCCUGUGAGACCAUGGGUAAUGCCACCGCCAUCUGCUCAGACAAGACGGGCACGCUGACCACCAAUCGAAUGACGGUGGUACAGGCCUAUGUCGGUGACGUCCACUACAAGGAGAUCCCUGACCCCAGCUCCAUCAAUGCCAAGACCAUGGAGCUGCUGGUCAAUGCCAUCGCUAUCAACAGCGCCUACACCUCUAAGAUCCUGCCCCCGGAGAAGGAGGGCGCUCUGCCUUGGCAGGUGGGCAACAAGACUGAGUGCGGCCUGCUAGGCUUUGUGCUGGACCUGAAGCAGGACUACGAGCCCGUGCGUACCCAGAUGCCCGAGGAGAAGCUGUACAAAGUGUACACCUUCAACUCCGUGCGCAAGUCCAUGAGCACAGUCAUCAAACUGCCUGAUGAGAGCUUCCGCAUGUACAGCAAGGGUGCUUCUGAGAUUGUGCUCAAGAAGUGCUGCAAAAUCCUCAAUGGGGCAGGUGAGCCCCGAGUCUUCCGGCCCCGUGACCGGGAUGAGAUGGUAAAGAAGGUGAUUGAGCCCAUGGCCUGUGACGGGCUCCGCACCAUCUGUGUGGCCUACCGAGACUUCCCCAGCAGCCCUGAGCCCGACUGGGACAACGAGAACGACAUCCUUAAUGACCUCACCUGCAUCUGCGUGGUGGGCAUUGAGGACCCUGUGCGGCCUGAGGUCCCAGAAGCCAUUCGCAAAUGCCAGAGGGCAGGCAUCACAGUCCGCAUGGUCACUGGUGACAACAUCAACACAGCCCGGGCUAUCGCCAUCAAGUGUGGCAUCAUCCAUCCUGGGGAAGACUUCCUGUGCCUUGAGGGCAAGGAAUUCAACAGGAGGAUCCGCAAUGAGAAAGGGGAGAUUGAGCAGGAGCGAAUCGACAAGAUCUGGCCAAAGCUACGAGUGCUGGCCCGCUCCUCUCCCACGGACAAGCAUACCCUAGUCAAAGGCAUCAUCGACAGCACCCACACUGAGCAGCGGCAGGUGGUGGCCGUGACCGGAGAUGGGACCAACGACGGGCCUGCUCUCAAGAAGGCUGACGUGGGGUUUGCCAUGGGCAUCGCAGGCACAGAUGUGGCCAAGGAGGCCUCUGACAUCAUCCUGACUGAUGACAACUUCAGCAGCAUCGUCAAGGCCGUGAUGUGGGGCCGCAACGUCUAUGACAGCAUCUCCAAAUUCCUGCAGUUCCAGCUGACAGUCAACGUGGUGGCUGUGAUAGUGGCCUUCACGGGCGCUUGCAUCACACAGGACUCCCCUCUGAAGGCUGUGCAGAUGCUCUGGGUGAAUCUCAUCAUGGACACAUUCGCCUCCCUGGCACUGGCCACAGAGCCACCCACUGAAACUCUACUCCUACGGAAGCCGUACGGCCGCAACAAACCCCUCAUCUCACGCACCAUGAUGAAGAACAUCCUGGGCCAUGCUGUCUACCAGCUCACCCUCAUCUUCACCCUGCUCUUUGUGGGUGAGAAAAUGUUCCAGAUCGACAGUGGGAGGAACGCGCCCCUACACUCCCCGCCCUCAGAACACUACACCAUCAUCUUCAACACCUUCGUCAUGAUGCAGCUUUUCAAUGAGAUCAACGCCCGCAAGAUUCACGGCGAGCGCAAUGUCUUCGAUGGCAUCUUCCGGAACCCCAUCUUUUGUACCAUCGUGCUGGGCACCUUUGCCAUCCAGAUAGUGAUCGUGCAGUUUGGGGGGAAGCCCUUCAGCUGCUCACCACUGGAGCUGGACCAGUGGAUGUGGUGCAUCUUCAUCGGGCUAGGAGAGCUCGUCUGGGGCCAAGUCAUCGCCACCAUCCCAACCAGCAGGCUCAAGUUCCUCAAGGAGGCAGGAAGGCUCACGCAGAAGGAAGAGAUCCCAGAGGAAGAACUCAAUGAGGAUGUGGAAGAAAUUGACCAUGCCGAGAGGGAGCUUCGACGAGGCCAGAUCCUGUGGUUCCGAGGCCUGAAUAGGAUCCAGACUCAGAUCCGCGUCGUGAAGGCGUUCCGUAGCUCUCUCUAUGAAGGUUUAGAAAAGCCUGAGUCUCGAACCUCCAUCCAUAAUUUCAUGGCUCAUCCUGAAUUCCGGAUCGAAGAUUCCCAGCCCCACAUCCCACUCAUCGACGACACCGACCUGGAAGAAGACGCCGCCCUCAAGCAGAACCCGAGUCCACCCUCCUCGCUCAACAAGAACAACAGCGCUAUCGACAGCGGGAUCAACCUGACAACCGACACAAGCAAAUCAGCUACCUCUUCAAGUCCAGGGAGCCCCAUCCACAGCCUGGAGACGUCGCUUUAGCUGAGGACCC